AUGGGGUCAGAGCUUGCGCGCAUGCACCGCCUCCCUGGUAGCCACCGCAUUGAGACGCUUCUCUACCGUGACAACAACAUCACCGCCGCAGUGCCCUGGGCGGAACAGCUUGUUGCAGACUACAAAGCACUUGUGGGCAAGCUCAAGAGCCCGUCAGAGUACUCGGCGCCGCAGAUUUUUGCAGGCAUCAUUGAAGUGGCACGAGAGGUCGCCAAGAAGAAGAUCAGCAGUGAGGAGGAGACGUGGAGCGACCAGUCGGUGCUGAUCUUUUACAACAACCUGCAGGGGAUCUCAGAGAUGUUCAAGCCUUGGAGCGCAGACCUGGCGCAAGCGAACGCCACCCUCGCCAACCAAACCGAUGCUGCCAUACAGCAAGCACGUGCGACGCUUCUGCCGUACCUCCGCCCUGGAGCCAACGGCAGCCUCACCUACGCACCAUACUCCGCCGUGCCUGUUGCUGUGCGGCGCAAGAUCCAGACUUCGUUUUACGACGUCGCCGAAAGCCUCGAGCAGGCAGCCAAGGCGCUGAACAUCACACUGCCAACGGGCCCCGCCGCAGAAGGAGAAGCCGAGGCGAUUACGGCAGCGCCACAAGGCCUGACACUCCCUCCAGAGGAGGUCUGCACGCCGACCGUGAACGCGACGCUUUAUACCACCGAGGCUCCCGAAAUCCAGGCCGGCCUGCAGUACUUCCGCUCCCUGCUGCCGUACCAGAUUGCAGCUUCUCAGGCCAUGACCAAGGCCAUUUCCAGCGGAGACGUGGCAGCUGCAAAGGCCUUGUACGCCGCAACCCGGCCCAUUUAUGAGCAAAUUGAGGUGCUUGCUCCCAGCUUCCCUUACAUUGAUGCCGCCUUGGAUGCCCGCGAGUACGCAUUUCCUGAGGGCGAGCGCUCCAAAACGUUCAUGGGCUUCCACCGUCUUGAGCGCAUGGUCAUAGGGGAUGGCGACGUCGGCCCUGCUGCAUUGGAGUAUGCCAAGGCCGUCGAGGAGUACCUGCGCUUGCUCGAUGCGGCCCUGGGUGACACGACGCCCGAGCGUUUCACCUCCGCGACUGCCUUUGAGGGCAUGCUCAACCUGGCAAACGAGGUCCCGGCCAAAAAGAUCAGCAGUGAGGAAGAAACCACCAGCGACUUGUCCCAGAUGAUCUUUUACAACAACUGGAAAGGCAUCCUUUCCCAGGCCCAGCCCUUCUGUCCAAGGGCUCAAGCUCAGUGCGAGGCGCUCCAGGAGGCUGUGAAGGCGGCUGCCGAGUGCCUGGACAUUGACACCAAGGACACCAUCGGCAACGUCAAUGCGUCCGACGUCAACGCUGCGUUCGCCUCCAACCUGCUCUCCGCCGACUACAAGCGCUACAGCAACACAACGGUGGCGCAGCGGCGCUGCAUCGUGCAGCGCGGGUAUGCCGUACGCGACAAGCUCGCGGCUUUUGCCAGCGCCCUGGGCGUUCUUGAUGACUGCUCUCCAUACUACGAGCCCGUGUUUGUGACUUACCCCUUCCGCCUGCAGGUGGCACCCCCCACCCCCACCAAACCCGCCACGGCCCAAGCGGCAGCCCCGGCCCCCGCUCCUGUCACCAGCAGCGGCGGCUGCCAGUCCAUGGCAGCUGCGGCAAGUGUUGGCCUGGCAAUGGCAGUGGGCGUUGUGCUCGGACUGCUAUGA